AUGAUGUUACGCUUGCGGUCCAAAGCUUUUUGCAAACAGAGUGCUUUUGUUCCUGGUCAUCUGAUUACUGACAAUAUUUUGGUGGCAAAUGAGAUAGUGCAUCUGAUCCAUAACAAGAGAGAGGGUAACGAGGAUUUAAUGGCUCUAAAGCUGGACCUUAGUAAGGCCUACGAUAGAAUGGAGUGGUCUUUUCUUAAACAAGUUCUUCACCGGUUUGGGUUUGCACAAGAUUGGAUUGACAUGGUCAUGCAGUGGGCUGAAGGUUUCUCUGCCUUGAUCCAGCAGAAGCAGGAGCAAGGUCUUCUACCAGGGAUUGAGGUUUGUGAUUCGGCUCCUUCUGUAGCUCAUCUUUUAUUCGCCGAUGAUAGCAUGCUAUAUGCUCAAGCUUCUUUGGAGGCUUGUUAUGAAAUACAAGAUGUUAUUGGGACUUAUGGAAGAGCAUCUGGGCAGCUAGUUAAUUUCAACAAAAGCUCAGUUAUUUUUAGUAGCAAUGUUUCUGAGGGGAUGAGGGACGCAGUGUCUGAGUUGUUGGGUGUGGAGGUAGUCGUUUCACAUGAGAAGUAUCUUGGUUUACCCACUUAUGUAGGCAGGAAAAAGACCGCUAUGUUUCAAUACAUCAAGGACAACUUGGCUAAGAAACUUGAGGUGUGGCAAGGGAAGAUGUUGAGUGGUGCAGGGAAAGACAUUCUCAUUCGGGGUUCCUUCUGGACUGCUGACUCUCACCCAUCUCCAUCUUUCUCGUGGAGAAGUAUCCUCUCCACAAGGGAUUUAUUGAAAGAAGGUUCUUAUUGGCAAGUUGGUAGUGGUACCUCUAUCAAUAUUUGGUCUGCUUCUUGGGUCUCUGCAUUGCCAGAUGGGAAACCGGUUCGUAACAGAUUGGCUGAGGAGGAGGUUACUAUGGUUAGUGAUCUUCUCUCUGCGACGGGGGUUUGGGAUGUAUCUCGGAUCCGACGGUUGUUCCCAAUGGAGGAGGCAGAGGCAAUUCUCCAUAUUCCUCUCAGCUCGAGGUUGGUUUGGAAAUUUGAGCGUAAUGGUGUGUUCUCAGUUAGAACUGCGUAUCGGUAUUCUUUCUCUACAUCUCCAUGUCGAAGGCCUUUUGAUCUGAUGGUCAAUGGUGGUUUUUGGAAGAAGCUUUGGAAAGUCUUGAUUCCUAAUGCAGCGAAGAUCUUCAUCUGGAGGGUCUGUCACAAUAUUCUCCCCUCUCUAGAGCGGUUAGCUUCGAAGAGUGUCGAGUUGGAAUCCCAAGUGUGUAAGUUGUGUGGUCAGGGGGUUGAAACUACCUUGCAUAUCUAUAGGGACUGCCCUUUUACACAGGAGGUGUUGAAGCAGGAUGGCAUUUUGGGACAGGAAUUUAGAUUUCAUAAUUCCAAACCUUCACAUAGCAGUCCACGUCGAGGAAGGGUUGCAAAAUGGGUGGCUCCUCCGGUUGGAUUAUGUAAGAUAAAUAUUGACGGUUCUUUUUUUCACGAAACUAGAGACGGAGGGUUCGGUUUUGUUGUUAGAGAUUCGGAUGGAACCAUGUUGGGUGGCGGUGCAGGGAGCUUAAGGGGUUUACUUUCAGCAGAACAUGCUGAGGUUCAAGCAUGCAUGCAUGCAGUUCGGUUUAUAGCAGCAUAUGGGUUUACCCCUGCUAUUUUGGAAACAGAUGCUAUGGAGCUUCAGAGGCAACUGAGCUCGCUUUCUACUACCAAUACUUCUGUACUUGGUCAAUUAUAUGAUGAUCUGAGUCUAAUGUUGGAUGGCCUGGGCAAUGUGAGGGUUGUUCAUGUUAAUAGGAGGGCAAAUAUGGUUGCCCAUCUAAUGGCUGCACAUGGGAAUGCCUUAGUGCAGGACAAUUUUUAUUUUUUUACUCCUAGUUUUCUUAUGGCAGCUAUAGCAGCUGACCCUUCUUCUUUGUAA